AUGACAAGUGCCGAAAAAGAUAAUAUAUGGAGUGAUGAUGAAUUUCGUGUAAUAAUCGAACAACACAACAUGAAUCAAAAUCUUCUUCCUAAUGGUAAUUGCUAUCGAAACACCUUACAGAAGAGUAAUGAUUACGGUAGUGGUUAUGAUAAUUCAUUUAAAACUUUCAAACAUGCAUUAGGCUAUGCAAGUGAAUAUCAUUAUAUUUUGUAG